UUUGACUCCUUCUUGUUCCUAGAAAAGUACUAUCCAAUAAUUAAUGUUUGAUUGUCCCAUUUCUCUUCAAAACUUGACACUGGAUUCACAAUUCACAAGAACGUAAUAAACCACUCUUAUCCUAUCCCCUUGGUCCUCAUAAAUGGCAAUGAAACUCUGGAUGAAGGACAAAAAAGUAGAAGCCAUCGCCGUUUCACUAAUCAUCGCCCUUACCAUUUCCAUAAUCGUCGCCCGAAUCUCCCUCCGCCUCUCCAACACUUUCUACCUCAUCACCGGAGCCAAUGGGGCCGCAAUCCUCGCCGUCAUCGCAAUCUACCUGCUCCGAAACCGGUACGACAGCCGGAGAAGACUCCUCGAAACCCAAAUGGCUUCCGAAUCAAAAGAGCUCCGAAUCGAGUACAGUUUCCUAAGAAAAGUUGCCGGAGUCCCGACGAAAUUCCGUCACAGGGAAAUCGAGGUGGCGACGGAUGGGUUCCGGUGUUUGGUGGGGAAAGGAUCGUCCGGUUCGGUAUUCAAGGGGAUUCUAACUGAUGGGACUCCGGUGGCUGUGAAACGAAUCGAGGGCAAAGAGAGAGGCGAAAAGGAGUUCAGAUCCGAGGUGGCGGCCAUCGCUAGCGUGCAGCAUGUUAACCUGGUCCGCCUCCUCGGAUACUGUUGUGUCCCUACGGGCCCGCGAUUUUUGGUUUACGACUUCGCGCCCAAUGGGUCAUUAGAUAAGUGGAUUUUCCCUCGAAAGAAAAAGGAAGAAAUUUCCUUGCAAGGGGCAAUCCAAUACACUGGUGGGUGUUUGGAAUGGGGUUUAAGGGUUGGAGUUGCUAUUGAUGUGGCCAAGGCUCUUACUUAUUUACACCACGAUUGUCGAUCGAGGAUUUUACACCUCGAUGUCAAGCCUCAAAACAUUCUACUAGAUGAGAACUACCGCGGUCUUGUUUCAGAUUUCGGACUAUCUAAGCUUAUGGGAAGAGAUGAGAGCAGAGUUGCGAGUUCAAUUCGCGGCACUAAAGGGUACUUAGCCCCGGAAUGGCUAUCACAACGCGGCAUUUCAGAAAAAUGCGACGUGUAUAGCUAUGGAGUCGUGCUUUUGGAGAUCGUUGGCGGCAUGAGAAGUGUUCGCGUAAUCGACAAGGCGAAUAGAAACGACAAGUCGAAGAGAGAGUUUGGGUACUUUCCGAAGAUUGUGAGCGAGAGAUUGAGAGAAGGGAGGGUGAUGGAAGUUGUGGAUAGUAGGAUUGUAGAAAGGGGAGGGGUUGAUGAGAGAGAGGUGAAGAGGCUGGUUUGCGUUGGGUUGUGGUGUAUGCAGGAGGAUGCUAGGAUGAGGCCGAGCAUGGCUGAAGUGGUGGAAAUGCUGGAGCGGCGAGAGGAGGUGGAGGAGCCGCCAGAGUCCCCAAUGUUCGUUGUUGAUUUAUUGUCUAUAAAUGAAGAGAACGUGAAUCCGGGUCGUGGUAGGCAUGGGAUAGCGACGUUGCCGGCAACUCAAGAGGAUUGUAAUGAUGCCUCUUCAGCGUCGUGGUCUACUCUCAUAUCGGUUCUAUCAGGCAGAUGAAAUAUCGUGGCCUACUC